CUGGAGGGCGGGAUGGGGUUGCUGGGAGCGGAGGGGAUCCGGCUGGCCAAGGCCUCCUGGAGCGCGGAGCCGAGGGAACGGAGUCCGGGUUUGCAGCGCUGCUGGAAGAUGGCGAGAGGCUGGGACGCGCGGCUGCUCUGGCGGCCAGGGCGCGUCCCGCUGCUGCUGUGUCUGCUGUUGCUGCUGCUGCUGCGGAGCCCGGCCCGGGCAGCGCACAUCAAGAAGGCGGAGGCGACGACGACGACGACGAGCGCGGGCGCCGAGGCGGUCAAGAGCCAGUUCGACCGCUACUACCACGAAGAGGAGCUGGGCUUGGCGCUGAGGGAAGCGGCGGCCGCGGGGCCCCCGGGCCUGGCCCGCCUCUUCAGCAUCGGCAGCUCGGUGGAGGGCCGGCCGCUGUGGGUGCUGCGCCUCACGGCCGGCCUGGGGCCGCCGCCUUCUGACGGCGAUACGGGGCCCGACGCGGCGGGGCCGCUCCUGCCCGGCCGGCCGCAGGUGAAGCUGGUGGGCAACAUGCACGGCGACGAGACCGUCUCGCGCCAGGUGCUCGUCUACCUGGCCCGCGAGCUGGCGGCUGGCUACCGCCGCGGGGACCAGCGCCUGGUCCGCCUGCUCAACACCACUGACGUGUACGUGCUGCCCAGCCUCAACCCCGACGGCUUCGAGCGCGCCCGCGAGGGCGACUGCGGCUUCAGCGACAGCGGCCCUCCGGGGGCCAGCGGCCGCGACAACAGCCGUGGCCGCGACCUCAACCGCAGCUUCCCGGACCAGUUCAGCACCGGUGAGCCCCCGUCCCUGGACGACGUGCCCGAGGUGCGCGCCCUGAUCGAGUGGAUCCGCAGGAACAAGUUUGUGCUUUCUGGAAAUCUGCAUGGUGGCUCGGUGGUAGCAAGCUAUCCUUUUGAUGAUUCUCCAGAACAUAAGGCUACUGGAAUCUAUAGCAAAACCUCAGAUGAUGAAGUAUUUAAAUACUUGGCAAAAGCCUAUGCUUCAAACCACCCCAUAAUGAAAACUGGUGCCCCUCAUUGUCCUGGAGAUGAAGAUGAGACUUUCAAAGAUGGGAUCACAAAUGGUGCGCAUUGGUAUGAUGUGGAAGGUGGCAUGCAAGAUUACAAUUAUCUUUGGGCCAACUGUUUUGAAAUCACAUUAGAACUGUCUUGUUGCAAGUACCCACCAGCUUCGCAGCUUCAACAAGAAUGGGAGAACAAUCGUGAGUCUUUGAUCACAUUGAUUGAAAAGGUCCACAUUGGAGUUAAAGGAUUUGUUAAAGAUUCAGUAACAGGAGCUGGCUUAGAGAAUGCAACCAUCUCAGUGGCUGGUAUUAAUCAUAAUAUCACAACAGGAAGAUUUGGUGAUUUCCACCGAUUACUUGUUCCUGGAACUUAUAACAUUACAGCAGUUUUAACUGGGUAUAUGCCACUGACUGUUAAUAACAUAAUAGUGAAAGAAGGACCAGCCACAAAGGUGAAUUUCCCCCUUCGGCCAACCGUGGCUUCAGUAGUCCCUGACACAACUGAGGUUGUAGUAACUGCUAGCACAGUUGCUAUACCUAAUAGUCCUCUUGGAACACAGUCCUCCCACCAGCCAGUUCAGCCACAGGACUUUCACCACCACCAUUUCCCUGAUAUGGAAAUCUUCUUGAGAAGGUUUGCCAAUGAAUAUCCUAACAUCACCCGGCUUUAUUCAUUGGGAAAAUCGGUAGAGUCAAGAGAACUUUAUGUAAUGGAGAUAUCUGAUAAUCCAGGUGUCCAUGAACCAGGUGAACCAGAAUUUAAGUACAUUGGAAAUAUGCAUGGAAAUGAAGUGGUUGGAAGAGAACUGUUACUGAACCUCAUUGAAUACCUUUGUAAGAACUUUGGAACAGAUCCCGAUGUAACAGAUUUGGUUCUUAACACUAGAAUUCACCUUAUGCCAUCCAUGAAUCCUGAUGGGUAUGAAAAGGCCCAGGAAGGAGAUUCAAUAAGUGUAGUCGGCAGAAAUAACAGCAACAACUUUGACCUGAACCGAAAUUUCCCAGAUCAGUUCUUUCAGAUCACAGAUCCUACCCAACCAGAAACUAUUGCUGUAAUGAGCUGGAUGAAGGCCUAUCCGUUUGUGCUGUCAGCAAACCUGCAUGGAGGUUCUUUGGUGGUUAACUACCCUUUUGAUGAUGAUGAACAAGGGCUUGCCACAUAUAGUAAAUCACCAGAUGAUGCUGUAUUUCAACAAAUAGCACUUUCUUAUUCCAAGGAAAAUUCCCAGAUGUUUCAAGGUAGACCUUGCAAGAAUAUGUACCCUAAUGAAUAUUUUCCUCAUGGAAUAACAAAUGGAGCCAGUUGGUACAAUGUCCCAGGUGGUAUGCAGGACUGGAACUAUUUACAAACAAACUGCUUUGAAGUGACUAUUGAACUUGGUUGUGUGAAAUACCCAUUUGAGAAAGAUCUGCCAAAAUUUUGGGAACAGAAUCGAAGAUCUCUAAUCCAGUUUCUGAAACAGGUUCAUCAGGGUGUCAAAGGAUUCGUCCUAGAUGCCACAGAUGGCAGAGGUAUAUUAAAUGCCACCAUUAGUGUUGCUGAAAUUAAUCACCCAGUAACUACUUACAAAACUGGAGAUUACUGGCGUCUGUUGGUUCCAGGAACUUAUAAAAUCACAGCAUCUGCUCGAGGGUAUAAUCCAGUUACCAAGAAUGUGACCGUAAACAGUGAAGGUGCUGUUCAGGUCAACUUCACACUUGUUCGAUCUUCAACAGAUUCAAACAAUGAAUCAAAGAAAGGCAAGGGGGACAGCACCAACAAUGAGGGUGCCAGCGAUCCGACUACUAAAGAGUUUGAAACUUUAAUUAAAGACCUUUCAGCUGAGAAUGGUUUGGAAGGCUUCAUGUUACGCUCCUCCUCAAAUCUGGCUCUUUAUCGAUACCAUUCAUACAAGGACUUAUCAGAGUUUCUGAGAGGACUUGUGAUGAACUAUCCACAUAUUACAAAUCUUACCAAUUUGGGACAGAGUGCUGAAUAUCGUCACAUUUGGUCCCUUGAAAUCUCCAAUAAGCCCAAUGUAUCUGAGCCUGAAGAACCAAAGAUUCGUUUUGUUGCUGGUAUCCAUGGAAAUGCUCCAGUUGGAACUGAACUUCUUUUGGCUCUGGCAGAAUUUCUCUGCCUAAACUACAAAAAGAACCCAGCUGUUACCCAAUUGGUCGACAGGACUAGAAUUGUGAUUGUCCCUUCUCUAAAUCCAGAUGGGCGAGAGAGAGCACAAGAGAAAGACUGUACUUCAAAGAUAGGACAGACAAAUGCUCGUGGCAAAGACCUGGAUACAGACUUCACAAAUAAUGCCUCCCAACCUGAAACUAAAGCCAUCAUUGAAAAUUUGAUUCAGAAACAGGACUUCAGUCUUUCUGUUGCUUUAGAUGGUGGUUCAGUGCUGGUCACAUACCCAUAUGACAAGCCAGUACAAACAGUGGAAAACAAAGAGACUCUAAAGCAUUUGGCAUCUCUUUAUGCAAAUAAUCAUCCAUCGAUGCAUAUGGGUCAGCCCAGUUGCCCAAAUAAAUCAGAUGAGAAUAUUCCAGGAGGAGUAAUGCGUGGAGCAGAAUGGCACAGUCACCUGGGCAGCAUGAAGGAUUAUAGUGUUACCUAUGGCCACUGUCCAGAAAUCACAGUAUACACAAGCUGCUGCUACUUUCCUAGUGCAGCACAACUCCCUUCGUUGUGGGCAGAAAAUAAAAAAUCUCUUCUUAGCAUGUUGGUGGAGGUUCACAAGGGAGUUCAUGGAUUUGUUAAAGAUAAGACUGGAAAACCAAUCUCUAAAGCAGUCAUUGUGCUCAAUGAAGGAAUAAAAGUACACACAAAAGAGGGAGGUUAUUUCCAUGUACUAUUAGCCCCAGGUGUCCAUAACAUCAAUGCCAUUGCCGAUGGGUAUCAGCAACAACAUUCCCAGGUCUUUGUGCAUCAUGAUGCAGCCAGUUCUGUGGUAAUAGUCUUUGACACAGAUAACCGGAUAUUUGGUUUGCCAAGGGAGCUUGUGGUAACUGUAUCAGGUGCCACCAUGUCAGCAUUGAUCCUAACAGCUUGCAUUAUUUGGUGCAUCUGCUCAAUCAAGUCUAACAGACACAAGGAUGGCUUUCAUCGGCUCAGGCAGCAUCAUGAUGAGUAUGAAGAUGAAAUUCGCAUGAUGUCAACCGGCUCCAAGAAGUCUCUCUUAAGCCAUGAGUUCCAGGAUGAAACAGACACUGAAGAGGAAACAUUAUAUUCCAGCAAACAUUGAAACACACACCUUGCAUCUCUCCCAGCAUAAGUACCAAGCAAAGUUACAGUUCCUUUUGGGAGACACUGCAUUAAGAAGAGAGACUAUCUUGCUUCUUCAAAGAGCUUUGGGAAGUUAACUUGCUAAAUUUGUUUUCUCUGUGAAUUUGGCUGGCAGUUUUGAACUUCCCCUCCUUAACGUACUCUUACCUUAAAAAAAAAAAUCUGCUUUCUAUUUAUGCAGAGAUGGGACAGCCACUUUGUUUUUCUUCUUAAUUUAAGAUGAGCUGUUUGGAGCUUAUGCUGUAACUGAAGAAAGCCAACUAGUGGAUGUUGUAUUUUGCACACCAGGUGUUUACUAGUGGCUUUAGCUUUUUCUCUUUGUUUUAAAUGGCCAAAAGAAUCCAGAAACAAUAAGGCAGGGACAGCAGUCAGAAUCUGACAUAAAGCUUUAAAAACUCGAGGUUUUUUCAACCUAUUGAGGAGUACUUUUCUCUAGUUAUUAAAUAGCUGGAGUUUCUCUUAUUAUUCAGGUUUAAUGGAGGCUGAAUUGAUUUUGAAACUUAUGUAACAUUAGGAAAUGAUUAAACGGGCUUCCGUAUUUGGCUUUCUACCUGUUCCAAGGCUAGAUCAGAACUAGUGGGCUUUGCUCUAAGCAGGAUUUCACUACCUCUUGUGUAAGGUUUAGCAAAGUUGUAAACAUCCCCAUUUUAAGGGAGAACUUGUUGACUGUUGUAAAAGAUCUCAGUGUCCAUUUGCGUAGAGCUGAGAGGGAGAUCUAGCAAAAGCUAAAACUCGUGUUGCCUAUCUUUUAACUUGGUAAAAACCCACAGGUGCUGUUGCUUUUAUCUGUGAAGCACUAGUUUAUUCUAGGAAUGCCUAAUUCUUUACUGUUUCCUAAAUUUGAACCUUUUUCUAUGUUGUACACUUAGGGUUUUCAGAUGACCUGGCAAUCGACAAGAUCUGAAUUCUACUGAAAAUGCCUGGAAGCGUGGAAGAGACCUAUUUGCACAUUCUUAACCUACAUUUGAACGCAGAAUAUCUACACUCCUUGUUAACCCAAGCCAGCACCAUAUCAUAGCAUCCUGUUAUUGAAAUAGCUUGGCCAACCUUAUUCGUAAAGGCCUCUGCGUGUAAUUGGGUUCUUUGUCCUAAUGUUUCAUUUGACAGUCUCUUCUUGAUCAACCAAUUUUUUAAAAGUUCACUUGAAAGCACUUAAACAUGGCUCCCUCCAUUAAAAAAAAAAAAAAAGUAACACUAUAGUGAGAAAGUGUUAUCUUCAGUGCCAGUGGGGUUACUGCAAAGGCCUAAAAGAUUUGCGUUUUAUUGUGUCUGUCAUAUCAUGCUAUUCAAUGGAAAUGAUGCUUUUUGUAAGUAUGAGUCUUACCAAUGAUCUAAUGGUUUAAUACCUUUGAAUGUUUUAAUGGCCAAGUUGCUGCUGAACUUGUACUAAAUCAGGGGAUCAAAAAACUUGCUCUCAUCUUUUCAAGUUGUAUGCUAUAUCCAUUAAUGUAUCUGUCAUCCCAAAGCCUUCAUGUGGAGUGGUUUACCACCCAUCUAGGUCAUUCAACCAAGUAUUGUGAGAAAUGUACCCAAAGUGGCUUCAUAAACAGAGAUUUGGUUUAGCAGGAAUAAUGAAGUCAUGACAUUUAUUAAUGAGUAUCUGUGAUCUAAUUUGGGUGGUUCCGGGUUAAGCCAUUCUGGUAUUAAUCCUGUUAUUAACAACUCGAAAUUUUGAGCCCUUGCCACCCCACUCUUAGCCUACCACGUACACAGAACAGAGUUUGUGGGGUGCUAAUACUUAAUGAAAUAUACAUGAUUUAAUUUCUUCUAAUAAUGCUCUACACUUUCCUUAAGGGGAUGAUGUGGUGGUAUUGCUCUUUGCAGCUUUAUUUUUGAGUGCAAAGUCAGAAAACCAUCAAAGGGCCUAUGAGUGGCUGGCUCUGCUUGGGACAUUGCAGGUAGAAAUGAAACAAAGCUGACAUGACAACCUUUACUUUAUUAGCAUUGGUCUUCACUAGAGGAUGCCUUUUAAAUUCAUCUCUGUCUUAAACCUGUCUUUCACUGUACAUCACAGUGGCUGGAGUCCAUGCCUUUUAAGCAUGUGUAAACUAUUUUUAGAGAUGAACGUAUAAAUAGUUCUUUUAAUAAUUUUUCCUGAAAGGAAAACCAAAUUCUGCUAUGAAUCUUGAAUCUCUAAUGAAUUUCUAAAUAAUGCAUUGCUCUGGAAAACAAGGCCUUCUCAGCCUAUGUUACCUGUUAACAUGAAUGUACAGGAUAAUGACUACUAAGGCUGUGUUCUCUGCCCUGCUUUGUCUUUUAUUUGUGGAUCUAAUCUGAGACCACAUCAACUGCUUAAGGCGUUGAAGCCAUGUGGCAUGGGGAAUGCAUUUCUUCAGUAUUUCUCCUAAAGACUUUCCAUUUCCUUGGAGUCAUGGAGGCAAGUAAGUAUCACAGUAUUAAGAAAUUUGCCCAAGCCUGAGUUGUGCCUUUCUUUACUCACAAGGCUUUUUUUCUGUGUGUCCUGGUGAUCAGUUUGUAAGCCUUCUUCCCUCCCAGCUCCUUCAUAAAAGCAAAGUGAUUGAGUAGGUAAUGUUCAAAGUGUCUGCCUAUGUAAAUGCACUUGUACUGAUUAUGCAGUUCAAUAAGAUGAUCUCAAGUUAAUUUCAGAAGGAAAGAUCCUUUCGUUUUAAUGUUUUUUGCUGAACAUUUGAGUAGUUGUUGGGAUCCCAUCCAGUUGAGGAAUGCUUGCAAUUCUCUUUGGAGGGAAUGUGCUUUGGGACUUUGUCAUCCUCCAGAAAGGAAACGUAAUGUAUAUUUGGCCCAGCGUGAUUGAUUGGUUAAUCCUUGGUAACUUUCACCUGAAUGGGAUUUGCUGAAUUAAUGAAUAUUGAACUUAAAACUAAUUAUGAGUUGACAAAUAAAUAAAAGGUAGUGCUUAUGCCUGAGCUUAGUGUGUUUCUGAGCUAACACCAGGUUACUCAGUAACCAGGACCUGUUCUUCUAUUUCCACUUUAUUCUCAGCAGUAAAUCAUUUUAUUUUCUUGUGGCCUGAAGUGCACUUGUGCCAGAUUUUGUCCUUGCUGUAUUAAAAGCUUCUUGGCUAUGAAUGCUGUAAUAGUGCCCUAUGUUAUGGUUCUCUGGUGGAAUUGUUUUUAACAGUAGCAGCUUUUUUUUUUUUUUUUUUUUUUUUUUUUUUUGCUGUACGCCGGCCUCUCACUGUUGUGGCCUCUCCUGUUGUGGAGCACAGGCUCUGGACGCGCAGGCUCAGCGGCCAUGGCUCACGGGCCUAGCCGCCCCGCGGCAUGUGGGAUCUUCCCAGACCGGGGCACAAACCCGUGUCCCCUGCUUCGGCAGGUGGACUCUCAACCACUGCGCCACCAGGGAAGCUCUAACAGUAGCAACUUUAAUGUUACUACAAAAAAGUCCACUAUGGUUGAUGUUCAGUGACCUUCUAAAUAGCAAAUUUUUGAUAAAUAUUUGGUUUCUGAUUUGCUUUAAUUAAAGUAGAUUUGGGGGGGUGAUGAGAGCCCUUGAUUAAUGUCAGCUGAACUUGGAUUUCCAGUUCAUGAAGAAAUAUUUCCCAACAUCCAAUCCUCCUAUUUUUAGCAAUAAUUCAUUAAUAUUCCACUUGACUUUCAGAAUAUUAUCCUAGUUGAUUUCCAUUUGGCAGAAUCUAUUGUGAAAUUUGAAAAUAGGCUACCAUUUUGAGGCAUUUGGAUAUAAAUUAUAUAAAUAUGUAUGAUUAUGGCUUUUACAAAUGGUAUAACAUGAGUAUACUAGCUACCUUCUAUGCUGGCCAUGCUGCAGACUUUCUGGAGGUAUGCCAUAAUGGUAUUUUUUUACACACAGAAUAAAAAUCAACUUUUCACCUCCCCAUUUUUUCAGAGUGACAUUCCCCAGCUCCAGAACAAUCUAUAGCUAUUUAUAUGAGGUGCCCAAAACUCAUUCAUCUCAAGUGCUUCAGUCUUUGGUUCAUUUUCAUGCACUGUGCCUUCAAAAUGAAAUUUUUAAAAGGGACUUUAAACAAAGUUGAAUAGUAGUUUUAAAAAGUCAAUCUGUGUAAUUUAUGUGAAAUCUAACUGUAAUGAGGGCCUUUCUGUUUUUUGUAUGUAAACAGAUCUACUAAUCCUGUAUAAAAGUUAUUUUAUGA